AUGUAUACCUAAAUAAAAGCAGGCAUUCAAUUCUAUAACUACAGCUCAACAAUAUAUAUAAAGGUGCAGAAGGUAGAGACUAUUUAAUUCUCAAAUAUUAAUCCUGCUUCUCUUAGCUUCUUGUGUUGAAUAAGAAAGCAGAAGAUAGAUUAUCUGCAGGUUUCUGUAUUCGAACUCAUCAAUGGAAUUGUCAUCCUAUGCUAGAUGUUUCCCUGAAUUGGGAAUGGAUGACUGCAACAACUUUAAUCAUCUCAUGCAAAAUGAUGAUUAUCAUCAUACUUAUGCUGCCACCAACACUCAUAGUCAGCACCUCAGCUCUUUCUCCUCCGAGAUCAUUCAAACUGGGAUACCUGCCGCUAACAGACACCCUAGGGGCGUGAAUAUGGGUGGUUCAGCUCAGCCUGCAGGAUCGCAUCAGUUUGAGUGGGUUUUGAAGCCCAAGGAUGAAGAGAUAGUGUACAAUGAUGAGCUAAUGUUGAGCUUCCCAUCCAGCUUUAAUUGGAAGAGUGGUGGUACUAGCAGUUCAAUUAGUAACAAGAGGAAGCAGUAUCUCUUCCCAUCUGCUCCCCUUACUGCUAAAGAUCAUAUCCUCGCGGAGAGAAAACGAAGGGAAAACAUUAGCCAGCGCUUGAUAGCACUCUCCGCCAUCAUCCCUGGCCUCAAGAAGAUGGACAAAGCUUCGGUGCUAGAAAGUGCAACCAAGUACGUGAAACAGCUUGAAGAGCGUAUCAGAUCGCUUGAGGAGGAGGUGAAGAAGAAGAAGUCCCUGGAGUCCGUUGUGCUUGUGAGGAAGUCACAAAUUUCAGGUAGUGAAGAGGGCUCAUGCUGUGAUGAUGAUCAGAACUGCCUUGAGCUGUCCGCGGGUACUACGGAUCAUCAGGGACUUCCAGAGAUCGAAAUAAGGAAAUCGGAUAAGAUUAUUCUCAUCAAGAUCUUCUGCGAGAAGUACAAGAACUUCCUGCCUAAACUUCUUGCUGAGGUUGAGAAGCUUCAUCUCACCGUCCUCAAUAGCAUUGCCUUGCCUUUCGGCAGUUAUGCUAUGGAUAUCACUAUCUCUGCUCAGAUGGAUGCUGAGUUCUGCUUGUCACGGAAAGAUCUUAUAAGAAAUCUGCAUUCAACUUUCAACGGAUUCAUCUAACAUGCAUCACAACCUCACACCAUAUCCAUUUGAGCAGCGUUCUCCAGUUAAUUAAAUAGUCUUGUAUGAAUGUAACAUAUAUAUGGAUAUUCCAGCUGUGUUCGCAUUGUCUAUAAUUAUGUGUGUGUUAACGACGACACAAGCUUGAGUUUGCAUGUAUAUAGUUUGGCAUAGCCUAAAUGGUGUAUAUAUAUAAAUAAUACUCUUUUUU